GCCCAUUAGAUCGUUGCCAUAGUUGCUAAAUUUUAGUAACAAAAUGGCGGCCGGUUCAUCUGUACAAGUAAUUGGAGCCCCUGGACACUCUCCAGUUUUAAAGUAUGAGCUCCAGCUGGCGGAGAUAAAGAAAGAAUAUGGGAAAGGAGCGAGUAUAGAGAGAAUUGACUUAACUUUCUUUAUUCUUGAUGAACUAAUACCUCAACUAGGAGUCUACCAAAGAGUAAUGAAUAUGAUACGACAAGAACUAUUCUGUGCUGUGUAUAAUGACCAGUAUACAGCUGGUGUUGGUAAGGGGCGGAGAUCAUCUGUAGAGCCUGUCCGUGUUCCCUACUUCAUAUCAACUAAGAAAAUAAUGAACGAGAGAGACAAGCAAGUUUCAAAAUAUAAAGAUCAGAUUGACAGCCUUAAGGAGCAACUGUAUAAUUGUGAGGCCGACCUUGAGAAAGCAUCAUCAGCUCUGGAAUCAUCAAAGCACAGUGUUAAGGAAUAUGAGAGUAAAGUACAGUUUCUCACUCAGUCAUUGCAGAAGGUCACCGAGGAGAGAAAUGACUUACAAUUACUGGCUACUCAUCAUGAUGCUGUUGUACUCCACCUCACUGAAGAGGCAGAGAAAAGAGCCAAUGCUUUACAAGAACAUAUUGAUUACUUAGAAUAUGAAGUGAAGGAAUUAGAGACAUACAAGGCCACACACCAGAACUUGCAGAAAGCUUUCAAUCCUAAAAGAACUGCUAUGAGUGAGCCUGAGCCUCCCCCAGCUAAUGACAAUGGAGUUAUGGCUAAACUGGAUAGAAAUGAAGCCCAGACAUCAGUACUAGUCAAUCAGUUAUUAGUAAUACAGAAUAAGCUCAUUGACCAGUAUGAAGUUGAUGUUAUGUCACUCUUUGGGAAAAAUAAAGAGAGAAAUAAAUUAAAACUGAUCAAAGAUAAAUUCAAGACCAACAUAGACCUCAUUGAAACAGAGCUAUCAUUAUUAAAAUCCCAUCAAUCUGGUGUCAGUAAUAGAUCAGAAUGUGUAUCAGCGUUAAGUUCAGAUCAAUCACAUCAAGCAAUCAUUGAACGUAACCAUCCUGCCAGUCCACUGGUAUCUCAAGAACAAUUAUUAAACAAAUAUUCAGCAAUGAUGUAUUUUUCAAGUGAUUCUGGAGCUAGCUAUUAUCCAUUGAAAGAAUCUAAGGAUUGCUUAAGCUGUGGAGACAAGGUGGUCAUAUGCCCUCAUUGGUCGGAUGUAGAGCUAAUAAUUCAAUUACCUAUCAAUUGCACUCACUUGAAGAUUAAUCGUCCAUUAAUUAAUAGACAGGCCCAGUCCACUGACACCUCAUUAAUAAAACAAAAAACAGUUAAAGAAACAAAACCUACUGAGUCAAUAAUGGAAACUGAUUUUGAUAGAAUUUGGUUAAAAUUCAAAUCUUUCUCAUCAUUAUCCCGGCCUUUGUCCAGAGACAUGACACCAGAAACCGUCAAUUUUAUUGUGAAAAUGUUUUACGUCUCACAAUUGAAGACUGAUGCAACCCCACCCACGCAUGCAAUUACGCCUCAGUCCUUAUUUGGGUCAUUCUACCAGUUCAUGAAGAGUUUGUACUAUACGAGUAAUGUUGGGACAAUAGCUACUCACGACUUCUUGAAUAAAUUACAAGAAAUAUAUAAAGAAAAUAUAGUGCUACAUGUUUUCAGUCACGUUUUAGCUGGAAGCCUAGAGCCUGUUGUUUUCAGGUAUUUCCUACUUCUUUCAGAAUUUCUCUCUGCAGUAAACUGGAGGCAGCAACCUGAUGCCUCUUCUAACGACAGCAGUACAUUUAUGGAGUGGUGUAAAUGUGUUUACUCAUUUAUGGAUGAGGAAUCAUUGGAGCAAUACAGCAUAGAGUUUACUGGUCACAGCUCAAACAAUUGCAAUACAUUGACAAUAUUGAAUUACAUAUUGUGGCUGAUUAUGAGAAACAAAGAACCAUUGAUAAAUCAGAUGGAGACUCAUCUAUCAGAAGUGAAGACAGUACAUUCUAAUGGAAUGAAUGAAAAUGAGUUUGCUGAGUUUUGUCUCUCGCUAUUUCCAAUACAAUCCAUUGACUUGUUGGCCAUUAGACUAUACAACCAGGCACUCUCUCAAACUAAAGGAAAAGAUAUACUACCUAUUAAUAGGCUAGCUUAUAUAUCUAGUUACAUUAGUUUGCUGCUUUCAUUCACUGAUAUUAAAGAUAAAUUGAAAUUAAUAAAUGAAAUAGAAGGAGAAGACAUCAUCACAGAAAUGGAAGAGACAAAAGGUGCAGAAUAUGAAAUAUUGAAGUUCUCUGAUGUACAGCAACUGAUCAGAUCAUGAUGAAUUAUGUGUGUGUAUUUACUGAAAGUGAAUGCUAAUAAUAGUAAUAAUAAAUUUAAACCAAAAAGUAACAACUAUUAGUAUUAGCAA